AUGUCUCGAGCUCAGAACAAAGAGUUUCAAGAAUGGUGGAAUAAACAGCGACAGACGACCCACGACCCCUCCUCCGAUGUAGACGAAGACGCCGCCUUCCUCACCGUCGAAAUCCGUACACCCGGCGUUGACCCGGAUAAGAAUCGGAUCCGGUCUCGAACCGCCCGGCAGCUCUCCUGGCACUACCUCCUCAAGUUUCAACAUUUUGCGUCUUCCCUCGCUUGGAUCGCUAACUCCUUCGUUUUCCUUAUCCGCACUGCUAAUCGCCGCAUUGCCAACGACUCUCCUCCUUCCUCCGUUUCCUCCUCGGCUAGAUUGUACCGUAUUAUCAAAUGUUUCCUCGUCCUUGUGAUACUCCUCCUCUGUUUAGAGCUCGCCGCUUAUUUCAAAGGAUGGCACUUCACUCCUCCUUCCGUGGCUUCUGCCGAGGUGGCGGUUGAGGUGGUCUACGCACGGUGGCUGGAGAUUAGGGCCGCCUAUUUAGCACCGCCGCUGCAGAGUUUGACGAAUGUUUGCAUAGUUCUCUUCUUGAUUCAGUCGCUGGACCGUCUGGUGCUCGUUCUCGGAUGCUUCUGGAUCAAGCUCCGUCGGAUAAAGCCAGUGGCUUCUAUGGAGUACCCGGAGAAGUCGGACGCUGAAGGAGAGAGUGCGGAGGAUUAUCCAAUGGUCCUUGUGCAGAUUCCUAUGUGCAAUGAGAGGGAGGUUUACCAACAGUCUAUUGGAGCUGUCUGUGUCCUUGACUGGCCAAGGGAUAGAAUGCUUGUGCAGGUUCUCGAUGAUUCCAGUGAGUUAGAUGUUCAGAUUCUUAUAAAAGCUGAAGUACAGAAAUGGCAACAGAGGGGUGUCCGGAUUUUGUAUAGACACCGUCUCAUACGAACUGGCUACAAGGCUGGAAAUCUCAAAGCUGCAAUGAAUUGUGAGUAUGUAAAAGACUACGACUUUGUCGCAAUCUUUGAUGCAGAUUUUCAGCCGCCAGCAGAUUUCUUGAAGAAAACUGUUCCUCAUUUCAAGGGAAAUGAUGAUCUUGCUUUAGUCCAGACACGGUGGGCCUUCGUGAACAAAGACGAAAACCUACUCACAAGGCUGCAGAACAUAAACUUGUCUUUUCACUUUGAAGUAGAACAGCAGGUGAAUGGUGUUUUCAUUAACUUCUUUGGCUUCAAUGGAACUGCUGGUGUGUGGAGAAUCAAAGCGUUGGAAGAUUGUGGUGGAUGGUUGGAGCGAACAACAGUUGAAGACAUGGAUAUUGCCGUCCGUGCUCAUCUUUGUGGAUGGAAGUUUAUUUAUCUGAAUGAUGUAAAGUGUCUUUGCGAACUUCCGGAGUCGUAUGAGGCAUACAAGAAACAGCAGUACCGCUGGCAUUCAGGUCCAAUGCAGUUGUUUCGGUUGUGCUUCUUUGACAUUCUUCGCUCAAAGGUGAGUUUUUUGAAGAAAGCAAACAUGAUAUUCCUGUUCUUCCUGCUGCGCAAGCUUAUCCUCCCAUUCUACUCGUUUACACUCUUCUGCGUCAUUCUUCCAUUGACGAUGUUUUUCCCAGAAGCUAACUUACCAUCUUGGGUUGUCUGCUACAUCCCCGGGAUCAUGUCUAUCUUAAACAUCAUCCCGGCUCCACGAUCCUUCCCCUUCAUAGUCCCGUAUCUCCUGUUCGAGAACACCAUGUCUGUAACCAAAUUCGGGGCCAUGAUAUCUGGUUUGUUCAAGUUUGGAAGUUCUUAUGAGUGGGUAGUCACUAAAAAGCUGGGGAGAUCCUCUGAGGCCGAUCUAGUUACAUACGGAGAAUCAGAAACUCUGGUUGGUUCAACAAACAUUCAAAGAUCUUCCUCUGAUUCAGGGCUAAGCGAGCUUAGCAAGAUAGGAACGGCGAAGAAAACAGGGAACACCAAAAGGAACCGAUUGUACAGAACAGAACUCGCGCUAGCAUUGAUUCUGUUGGCAGCUUCCGUAAGAAGCUUAUUGUCAGCUCAAGGGAUACACUUCUACUUCCUCUUGUUCCAAGGACUCACUUUCGUCGUGGUUGGUCUAGAUUUGAUCGGGGAACAGGUCAGCUAG